CUGACUGCUGCCGUUCCCCAGACAGGCAAAUCUUUUAGGUACCACCAAGGUAUCCGUUUGAUGAUGCUAAAAAGCUCCUUGAAAAGAGUCCAUCUACCAGCUGCAAUACUUGCAAAGCCCAUCAUCUGCCUCAGAUAUUCAUUAGCAGCGCAUCUGUUCCGCUCCAAAAUGGCUCCCCCGAUUCACUUUAUCACCGGCAAUGCGAAUAAGCUGAAAGAAGUCAAAGCGAUCCUUGAGCCGCAAAUUGAGAUUCAGAGCCAGUCGCUGGAUCUUGAGGAAAUCCAGGGAGCGAUUGAAGAGGUUGCCGAGUCAAAAUGUCGUCGAGCUGCCGACUUGGUAAACGGCCCGGUGCUGGUUGAAGAUACGGCACUUUGUUUUAAUGCUCUCGGAGGCCUACCUGGGCCUUACAUCAAAUGGUUCCUGGAUAAGACUGGCCACCAAGGGCUCAACAAUCUUCUUGCGGCAUACGAAGAUAAAUCUGCAGAGGCAGUUUGCACGUUUGCAUACUCGCCAGGACCUGGCCGCGACCCAAUCAUCUUUCAAGGACGGACACCGGGUCGCAUUGUACCUGCACGAGGCCCUUCGAAGUUUGGAUGGGAUCCCGUAUUUGAGUUUGAAGGCAAAACUUAUGCUGAGAUGGAGUCUGCGGAGAAGAACAAGAUAUCGCAUCGUGCUCGAGCUCUGAAGAAGCUGCAGACAUGGUUUGAGAGUCAACAGGAAACAGCAUAGACAAUUUGUCAUGUAGAUGAAAUGAUAGCUGGCAAAAGUAAAGACGUAAAAUAUUUAUGAAACCCAAAUUGCU